ACAUCCAACCAAAACCUCCUUGGGGGAAAGUCCAGUCCACCGAAAAGCGCCGAAUCUCAGUCAGACGCCAUGGCCGGACUCCUCGCUCUCUUCUCUCUCUUCCUUAUCCUCCCGCUCUCCGCCCUAUCCGACCCGAACCCGAAACCCGUCCCUCCGACCCAAGCCCACGCUGAGCUCACCACCUACGGCUUCCCAAUCGGCCUCCUCCCUUCCUCCGUCCAGUCCUACUCCCUCAACCACACCUCCGGCGAGUUCUCCCUCGACUUCGGCUCCUCCUGCAAGAUCACCCUUCCUCCGGACAACUACCUCGCCACCUACUCCAAGACUGUUAAAGGCAAGAUCGCCCAGGGCCGGAUCGCUGAGCUCGACGGGAUCCGCGUCAGGGCCUUCUUCAAGUGGUGGUCGAUCACCGGAAUCCGGUCCGGUGACGGCGAAUUGGUCUUCGAGGUCGGGAUGGUGACGGCUAAGUACCCGUCCAAGAACUUCGAUGAGAGCCUCGAGUGCGAGGGCAAGCGCUCGUCUUCUUGAAAAGGUUCGAAUUUUGUCCCCAAAUUUUGACCUAAUUUUAAAAUGGUUACUGGUUAGGGUAUCGAAAUUUUGUUGGUUUCCUUUUCCCCGUUCUCUUUUGUAUGGCUUUGGAGUUCGAUUGGACGGUGAAUUUGAUGAUGGAUCCGUUUGCCUUUACGAAUUACCUGGAUUAUCCCAACUGAAGUGGUGUUUUUCGAAAGUGAUCUGCUUUAUGCUUAAAAAGUUCCAUGAUUUGGCUUUUAUGCUUGCCAAAAGAGGAAUUGGACGGUUCAUUGGAGCAUCUCCACUAUUCAAUUCCUUAUCAUCUGCAUUGUUUUUGUUGCUAUGGAGUGUCGCUUUCGCAAUUUCUUAGUCGAUUUUUGGUGCAUAUGGUUCAUUACGUAUGUUGCUGAAUGAUUGUUCCCAGGGAAUAAAGCAUAUACAGAUGCCGUUGGUAAUCCUUACUGAAAUGAUUCUGAGUUGAAUUUGUGUGCCUAAAUGGUUCCCUAGAUAUGGUGUCAAUGUCAUUUUGAAGCUGAAUGUUCCUCUGCCUGAUGGUUGUACUCGUAGACGGUUUAGUUUUGGCGCAAGCUGUUAAUUUCAAGGGUUUCUGUCUUUCUGAUUGAUGGUUAUGAUAGAGAUUCUGAGCCUUUCAUUUCAAUGAUAUCCUUGGUUAUAAAGGAAGUAUGAAAUCUGUUAUGGUGUCUUGUGAAUCUCAUUAACAGAAAGCGGACAGAGAUAUAUCGUUUUCUGAGCUUUUAGCUAUGCCUUCCUCCCAUUGUCUAUACACUUAUUUUCGUCGGUAUAUCCUUGAAAUUGAAACUACUUCAAGCCUCUGUUGUGGAGUAGUCAAGGCAUGCUGCUUGGUUCCUGUUAUUAAUGACUUACUGUCCACUGUCUUAUCUCCUCACUAACUUUCAAUCAUUGAUCAUGCAAGUACUUUGAGGAGGGUCUAUAAUAACUUUAGCAUGCAGAAUUUGAAAGUUAUGACAAAAAGCUUUUCUAUCACUUAACUGCAACGUGAUGGUGAUGAAGAUGUCUGACAACAGAAACACCUGUGUGGCUACUCUAAGGCAGCUAAUGCCUGAUGAUGGUUUUCCAAGUUGGUAUAUGUAUGGGCAGUUGGUGAAUUAAUCCGAAAAGCGCUGCUUCCUAUUCUUUUGUGUGCCGAGAUUCCGUCCACUAUGUCUGAUCUUUAUAUGCUUGUAUUCUGUGUGUGUUUGAGUUUUUGCUCUAUUCAUUGUUUCGGCUUGCUUUUCGCUUUCCUGGUGUGGAUCUUCGAGCUAAUCUGCUCUCGUCCUCUUGCAGAAGUUGCUUCAGAGAACUGCUUCCUUCAUCCGGUCAAUUGGGGUAUGAACUGUAAGGAAGAUGGAAUUUGCAAGAUAACGUACGUCUUAGAUAUUAGAGGGUCAUAAAGAUCGACUCUUGUCAUGCAUGUGCCUUUAGUUUCAAUGUAUCUGUAUAUAUAAUGCCACUCGGAUAUCUGUAGCAAUGUGAAAGCGGAUUGUGCUUUCUAGUUUGUGUACUUGUGGAAGGGGAUUUGUAUCAACAAGAUUGCUUCUUUGUUCGGCCUCUUUGCUCUUCUCCGUGUAUCUACCUAUAUCACAAAACUCCACCUCCUUGCAGAGGUUAUCAUAGCAAGCUACAAGGGCUCGAGCAUGCUAAUGCUACUAGUUCAUGCUGCUAUAAUGUACCCUCUAAUUCUUGCAUUAUGUUAUAUCUCAUAUAGUUCUUCUUGUUUCAUUUUGGAUGAAAUGUCAUGUUAUUGGUACAUCAUAUAACUUGACAAUUAAUGUUAUCAUGUUGAAUUAUAUGGGUCUCAUCAUGAAUACACAAUUCAAAUUUCA